AUGCCUCUCGACGGAGUGAAGAACAUUGUGCUGGUCCUCUCCGGCAAAGGAGGCGUAGGGAAAUCUUCCGUCACCCUCCAGCUAGCAAUUGCGCUCUCUCUCCAAGGAAAAUCCGUCGGCAUUCUCGACAUCGACCUAACGGGCCCUUCAAUCCCUCGUCUCGUCGGCCUCGAAGAUGCAAAAAUCACCCAAUCGCCAUCCGGCUGGCUACCUGUGCCAGUGCACGAUGCCAUAUCUUCACCAACAGACACUGCAACCUUAUCAACAGCACCACACACCCGCGGCUCCCUCCGCUGCAUGUCCCUGGGCUUUCUUCUCCGUGACCGUGGCGACGCAGUGAUUUGGCGCGGCCCUAAAAAGACUGCCAUGAUCCGCCAAUUUUUGUCAGAUGUCUCCUGGGGCUCAACAGACUACCUGCUCAUCGACACGCCUCCUGGCACGAGUGACGAACACAUCGCGCUAGCAGAACAGCUACUCACCCUCUCCACGUCAGAUGCUAAGGCCGCUUUGAGAGAUAAUAUUCCUAGACUCAGUGGUGCGGUUUUGGUUACUACGCCUCAAGCGGUUGCUACGGCUGAUGUGCGCAAGGAAGCCAACUUCUGCGUCAAGACGAGUAUCCCCAUUCUUGGAGUUAUUGAGAAUAUGUCCGGUUACGCGUGUCCAUGCUGCGGGGAAGUGAGUAAUCUUUUCUCCAGUGGUGGAGGAGAGGUUAUGGCCCAGCAAUUAAAUAUUCCAUUCUUAGGCAAAGUGCCUGUAGAUGUGAAGUUCGGUGAGCUCGUCGAGGGAAAGAUCGAGGUGGAUAGUGAUUCGGACGCGGAAGAAACAGAAGAAAAGAAACAGGCAGAGGAGCCUGAAGAUCCGGAUGAGAGACCACUCGUUGAAAAGUAUAGCGAGGGCUGGUCAUAUCCUCGUUUUGAGGAAUUUGCGAAAAUCAUCAUUGGGCAGCUUGAGGCAGAUGGGUCAGCUCAAUAA